CAGAGUUCAGUUACCGAUGCAGGAAGGUGUGAACUUCAGUCAAAAGCCAGAGCAAUAUCUCUAUCGGAUAAACUGGACACUUCUAUCUACUUCUGUGAUUCCACCAGUGGACGCAGCAUCCACUUUUCAAUUUGUAAGUCCUAUGUUUUCCCUUUUCUACACUUUUAUAUGUGAACGUUGAUGUGAAGGGCAGCACCGGUGUGACCCAGACAUGGCUGAGGCGCCCCCACCGCAGGUACAGCCUGUCGAUAUUGACCCAGACUUUGAGCCCCUGCCCCGCCCGCGGUCCUGCACCUGGCCCCUGCACCGCCCGGAGCUCGUCGACCCCGCCGGGUCCAACACAUCCUCCCCGGCGCCGUCAGUGCAGCAGGAGCCCGGAGGAAAUGCGGAGUUCAUCAGCAGCCUCGGCUUGUUGGAAGAGAACUAUGAAGAAUACGCAGAGGAUAAAGCACAUUGCCAUGUUUUUCACCACCACCACCAUCAUCAUCUGCAGCAGCAGCAGCAGCAGCUGCCGGGUCCCCAGCUGCCGCCUCAGCAACAGGUGCCUCCUUCAGGGGUCCCACCCUUGGGCGCCUCCGGUCAGAGGAAGAUCAGCUCGUCCCGUCGCAACGCCUGGGGUAACAUGUCCUACGCUGACCUCAUCACCAAAGCCAUAGACAGUUCACCUGAGAAGAGGCUGACCCUGUCUCAGAUCUACGACUGGAUGGUGAAGAGUGUGCCCUACUUCAAGGACAAGGGAGACAGCAACAGCUCUGCGGGCUGGAAGAACUCCAUCCGACACAACCUGUCGCUGCACAGCCGCUUCGUGCGCAUACAGAAUGAAGGGACGGGGAAAAGCUCCUGGUGGAUGCUGAAUCCUGAAGGAGGAAAGAACGGAAAGUCGCCUCGACGCAGAGCCGUCUCCAUGGACAACAACAAUAAAUUUAUCAAGAGUAAAGGAAGAGCCACAAAGAAAAAGAUGUCUUUGCAGGAAAGCGUGGAGGGGGAAGGAAGCAGCCCAGGCUCCCAGUACUCUAACUGGCUGGGAAGCCCAAAGUCCCACAACAACGAGGACUUUGAAGCCUGGAGCUCUUUCAGAACCCGCACCAGCUCCGACGCCAGCACUCUGAGUGGACGCCGUUCUCCGUUUCCUUCUGAGCAGGAGGAUAUCGUGGAUUCUGACGGACUCAUGCUGUUCCCCGCCACAUCUGGGACCAAGAUAACCUCCAGCCUUCCCAGCCUCUCUGAGGUGUCUGGAUCCAUGGGCCAACACGGCUCAGAAAGGGUCAUGGAGAGUUUGCUGGAUAACCUCCACCUGCUGUCUCCUAAAGCCCCCCAGCACGGCUCAGACUCACCACGUUCCCCGAACAACGCCGGGCUUCAGAGCGGCUCCUACGGAUCUCCUGGCAUGAGCCAGGUCUACAGUAAGUGCAUGUACAGCCAGGUGAGGCUGAACUCUCUGUCGCCUGUUCCCAUGCAGACACUUCCAGAGAACAAGCCUGGAUUUGGAGGUUAUGAGAACCAGUACAUCUGUCCAGCCGGACUCCUCAAAGAGCUACUGACCGCUGACGCAGGCUCCAGUAGAGACAUAAUGCCUUCCAGUGACAUAAGGGUGUCUGACACUGGAAGAGUAAGUAGUCUCAUGUCCGCUUACAACAGUCACAACCAUAUAGCGAGUCAUCCUGGUAUUAAAAUAAUUACCCCUCCUCAGAGUCACCCAGGUCUACAUGUAAACCCACAAUCUAUACAUAGGCAAGGUCCUUCUCCCUCAAGAGACUUGAAUAGUUGCAACAUGAUACCCUUGGCUAGCCUGACUACUGUCUCAGGGCCUCCCCAACGACUAAACAGGCUGAGGACUUGCAUGCAGCCUCCGCAAGGACAUCUAGCACACACUAAUGACUUUUCAGCGAGCUACACCAACAGCUACAAGGAACUGAACUUGGUUCACCCUCACAGCCAUCAUCAGGAGCGGCUACCCAGCGACCUGGACAACAUGCCCAUAGAGAGGUUGGAAUGUGACCUGGAGUCGGUCCUCCAUGACACCCUCAUGGACGGCGGGGCGCUAGACUUUAAUUUUGACCCUGCAGCUGGAUUUCCCCAAAGAGUGAAGAGCACCUCGCACAGCUGGGUGUCUGGUUAGGAUUCGUAAGUGGAAGAAAAAGAGGAGGAAUUAGUGCCACCUUGGAUGGUAGCAUGCAAGGGAAAUGUGUAAAUAUAGCAAUUGUUCUUCUCUACAUAACAUUAUUAAGAAAAGCAUGCCUCUACUGUAUGAUAUUUAAGACUAAAGCUGUACAAUAAGCAUCCUGUUGUAGAGAUUAAAGCCAUUAUGAAAUGAGAUGCAGAACUGUUAGGAAGACAUUUGCUGCAUAAGCCAAUAAAUAAGACUUUUGUAUAUUUCUUUGUUAAAAUUGAAAACGUAUAUAGUUUUUUUUUUUUACUUUAACAUACAAAAAGUCUGAAGACUUUUCAUUCUGACCACCACAGUGAGGUUUAGGUCAUUUGCCCAUCAAUAGGAAAUUGAGGGACUUUAUAGCACAAAAGUUAAAAAUUUAAAGUUACAUUAAAACAUAUUACUAAACUCUUGGCAGGCUUUUAUUGACCAAUAGAUGAUGGUGAAAUUUACCUAUAAAUCUUUAACAGUUAAGGACCCAGAUGUGUGUAGAGUAUAUUUAAGAAGUUUUAGCACAAUGAAAUUUAGGGGAAAUCACCACAAUACCAAAGUAAUAAAAUUUGAAAAUAACAAAACGAAAGAAAUGAAGUUAAACCGGACACUUUAAGAUCUUUUCUGUACCAGUUAGGAAGAUGUAACCCAACAUCAUUCUGCCCAGACACAAUAUUAAAGUGAAAUAUUUCUGAAUCCAUAAUCUCCUCCCUCCAGCUGCCGUCACACUGUUUCUUAUUUUUCCAUGUUUGCUGAUAUUUAGGCAUUUGGCUCUAAAUGUGAGAAAAUGAUGCAUAUUUCGCAGAACAUCAAUCAUCAUAUCCGUGAAGUAUGAACUACUGUUUUGUACAGUGCAGGCGCAUCGGUAUGAAGGAUGUAAAUAUUAGUGUGCUACUGCAUAAGGACAUAUUAUGUUGCCUUUUCUGAGAUUUCACUGUCUUGUUCUUUUUCUUCAGUGCCUCAAAAUGCCCUGACCAUCUAGAGAUAAAAGUCUGAUUCACUCUAUGCAGUCCAUAAAUUGUUCCUGAAUGGUCAAAUAAGCAGAAAUACUCAAAAUAAUAAGUCAGAGCCUCCUCUAGUUUGGCAUACCAAAUGGUAAAUCUUCACCAGCGCAGACAGAGCUUCUGCACAUCAUGUCAGGUAACAAUUAGGUAACAUUAUUAUUGGCUCAGUGCUGCAGAAUAUGUAUUUUACACUAGUAGAUGCAAAUAAAGUCAAAGGUUUAGCGUUAUUUAAUCAAAUCUAGGUGACGUAAGCCGCUGAAAUGCAAGGCAGGUAUGGAACAGGGCAAGGGAGCAUUAUGAAUGAGGAAGAGAAGUCGGGAGGAGUUGAUGAUUAGCUUAAUGGUUUUAGUUUUUGAAAACAGGAUAAAACAUCAUAAAACAGGAUAUCUGAAAUUAACCCAGCAUUUGUACAUUUUGAAUGAAGGUAUUUAUUCUUUAUUUCAUAUUGAUAGAUGAUAGAUUCCCCCUUUGUGUUUUACUGGUGUGGAAAUACAUGUGAUUAUGCUGUCUGUGCAAAAGGGUGGAUCGUAUUAGAGUCGCUUUUGUUUUUCAUUUAUAUCAAACUUCUUUCAACAAAUGAUGUUACAGAAACAGAAGAAAUGGCAUAAUGUAUGUAUUAUAUUUUGAAGAAGUUGCAUAUAUUUCAAUCAAUUACGAUUGUUUUUCUCUUAUAUGUAAUUAUGUUUUUUUUCUCUUAUAUGUAAUUAUGUUUUAUGCAGUAAAUAAUUGUUGUUUUGUCAGUUAUGGUUUUCUUGUUAAUAGGUAAUUUUAGACAAACUGGAUUUAAAAGUAAAGGUGAUUUUUUUUUUGUAAACUUGUUUCAACACUUUUUUUUAAAUCAAACAUUUCAGUGUUUAUCUAAAGAAAGAGAUAUUUUUAAAAAGACUGAAAAGGUGAAAUGUUUGAUUUAUUCUCUCUGACGCAGUGAGAAAAAUGGUUUAUGAUGGGAAGGUAGCAUUCAUAGAAUCAGACAAAGUUCAGCAACGUUCAGUUAACAUCAUUAAGGACAGAUUGUUGAUUAAAUGUUGUGCCAAAUAGUUGCUCAAGUAAACCUGAACGCGAUUGCUUCUCUGUGCCUUCACUGUCUCACAGACAUCGACUCUUCUACAAAUUUGUUUAUGAAUUUUUAAAAACUUUACUUCAAAUUGAACCGGAAUAUAGUUAAAGAUGUUUCACACCUGGUUGUUUACAUAUUUCAGACUAAACUACAGAAAUGCAUAUGUGAACCAUCAUACCUCGAAAUGUUUUACCUCUUAAGUAUUGAAGAGAUUUUACUGCUGUUUUCCUCAAUAAGUCGGGUUUUGACUUUGCACUCAUUUUUGACUUAUUGUGUUGCAUAAUGUUACAUGUUUUUUUUUUAUUGAUGAGAUUUAAGUUACAUUUGAGUGAGGCAUCUUAUCAAUAUUUAUUCUGCAUAUAGAAUUAUAGCCAUCAACUUUUAAUAGAUAUUAAUAUAUUAACAUUAAAUAUAAUUUGGCUUGAAAUCAAUAGUUCUGUUAAAUAUGAAACCAUCUAACAAAACAUGAGAAAACAAGGUAAAGAAAGAUUUCAUGAUGCUAUCUUUGCUUUAUUUGGGUGCGAUUAAUGUAAACAUUUUAUUACAAACGUCUUCAUUGCAGUUUGUAUUUAUGUCCUUUAGUACUUAAACUCCUCUUGAUAAUAAAUGGAAAAAAUCAAA